CCCCCAGACUCUUCCCCCUCGCUCACACCGGUAGUUGUCAUGGCGAUGGAGUCAGCCUCGGCGUCGGCUCCGGGGCUUGUUGCCAUGGAGAUCCCGGUGCGAGGUGCGCUCCCGGUGGUGGAGGAAGACGAGGGCUUUAGCGCGCUGCCGCCGGGGUCCGAGGAGCGACUACGGCACCGCCGAGGAGGAGGGAGACGGCGGCGCGGGGUGCCGUUCAACCGGGGCGGCUACUACAUGCUGAUAGUGAUCGGAGAGAUCGGCACGGAGCACCAGCUGGACGCCGCCAGGGUGCAGAUAGAGCGGGGAAUUCGAUCCUGGGAUGUUGACCUCAAGUGCUGUGACCUUGAUCAGCAACUGCAGCUUUUUAUAACUCGUCACUCCGCCCACUUCUCCUCCGAGGUCAGAGGACAAAGGACUCUCCACCACAGGAGUGAUGUCCUAGAGACUGUGGUACUUGUCAAUCCCUCAGUCGACACUGUUGUGUCAGAGAUCCAGUCUCUAGUCACCGACUCAGCAGGACACAAGCUUCUGGUCUUGAGUGGCCAGAGCUCUGAUCACGGUGGCCUUCUCCUUCAAACUGGGGUUUCACCUACCAGACCUUUUCAAGUAUCUUUGCUGAUCCUGGGGUCAGUGAAUUACUGGGCACAGCAGCCCCCAAGCAGCAGGCUACACUUACUGUGUCCUGCCGCGGGGAGGUGGGCUGGAGCUCCUUGGGACAGCAGCAGACCCUGCGGGAGUUCCUCGAAUACAGACUAAACCCUGAACCUGUUCUCCCAAAGAUGGAGGGUGUCACAGAGUUCACAGAGUACAUCUCUGAAACCGUGGAUGUUCCUUCCCCUUUUGACCUCCUGGAGCCUCCCACCUCCGGAGGCU